AAAUGGGAAUAUCCAUGUUGACGUGUUGCGACGCAACGAGCCGCUUUUUCUCUAGUCUUAGAAACACGUGGCUCGUCGGUUCCACUCGGUUACCCAACUUCACAGAAACCGCCACUCAACUCCAGAUUUAGCAUUUCGUCACCGUUCUUCUCCCAUCCUUUCACUUCCAUUCAGAUUCAGGUACUACUUUACGCUUCUUUUCCACCAAAUUAAAUAAAUUUUUAAAAAAACUUCAAAAUUGAUGUAGGUUAUACGCUCGGUGUGAUAUCAUGAUGUUGAGGGUUUUCGAUUCUUCGUAAUUUGUCACUCCUCGUUUUUAAUUGAACGAUCUUUUUCGAUUCCUCGUUGAGUUUUGUGUUCAAUGUUUGUGCCAAUGAAAAUCCAUGUAUCGUGUUACCCAUAAAUAGGUCAGGUACUUGAUAACUAGAAUUGGCAAACCUAGUAGUUUUACUUAUUUUUUCCUUCUAAGUUCAUGUUUUGGGCUGUUUAGGGAGUGGUAAUGGUGGUUGUUUCAAAACUGUGCUGAGAAAACAAGAGGGUGUGAUGGCAUAGAAAUUCAAGUUACUCUCUCCAAGGUGAGUGAAGCUUUACUUAUCUGUGUAGAGUUAUGAUACCCUAAAUGAAAUGGACUAUCUCUUUCGACAUGUUUGGUACCCUUGUGAAACUUGGGCUUAUAUCAAUGUCCAUGGUUGCUUGGUUGUCACAGAUUAGCUGCUCUGAACUUUCAUUCUUGAAGUUUUUAUUUCAUCCAUUCAGGUCCAUGUGUUGCCAAUGACAUAGCUUGAUAUUCUAGUUAACAUGUUGCCAGUGUCACGACUCAAUACUUACUAUUUUGCUUCUAUACACGACUUGCCUGUCACAUAUUUUCACACGACUUGCCUGUCACAUAUUUUUUCUUACUCUUUUAGGAAACCAUUACAUCAGAAGAUCUUGAAUUUUAGUAUCUAUUAAAAUGGAGACCCAAUUCAUUUGGCAUCUGUACAGGAAACUACUUGGUUAUGCCCCCUAUCUUACUAUAGAAGGCAUUGACCCCAUCCCAUGCCUUUUUGAUAUAUUCCAGGAUGCAAAUUAAACCAUCCCAAUGACUAUCGCGUGUAGUAACUGACUAACCAUACAAUUCUAAAAUAUUGCUCUGUAUUUGACAGAAAACUCCCGUCCUGGUAAAGUUUAGUGUCACCAUCUAGUUUCUUCUGUUGUUUGCAACCCCAGCAAAAGAGUGAGCGACUAUAAGAAUAAGAAAAUAUUAAAGAUGAUCCAAAUCAUUGGAGUAAAUGUGCAAGAGUGUUAUCUUACCCACUUUGUGUUAUUUAUCCCUAAGAAAGCUUUGUACAAGAAUACAACUAGUGAAACUACAUAAAAUGAAGAAUAAUAAAUACUAAUAAUUAGGAUAGCUACUAUUUCAACAAGAGGAUCCAACAUUCCAAUUCCUGAUAGUAGUUAGUUACUCUUCAAUAACUAGGCAGAUGUCAAUACUUUUAUUAUAGAUCUUGAUAGAUUGUUAUAGUAACAGUGGAUGUCUCUACUCUUUUACUUCUCAUUUUCUUCCCACAGUGGUAGCCAGAGUCCUUCAUUUUAGAAUGAGGCAAUCAUGCAACAUACAUACUGGACAGGAUCAAAUAUUUUACUUCUUUCUGCAGGUUAAGGAUUUUGGAAGAUUUUGUGGGCUUGGAGGAUUCAGCUUUACCAAGACAGUGAUGAACCUACCUACAUAAGAAUGCAAUGUGGGUUUAUUAAUGCAAGUUUUUAUCUUUCAUGGAGAACAAAUCAGAAAAAAUGCUGCAUGAUACUAAGGAGAGCACUCGUGUGGGGGACAAGUUAGCUGACACCACUCAUUCUGAUAUUGAUGACAAAGGUGUUCUGAAAAAUUUUAUACGAUCCUCGGGGGUGGUUGCAGAGUCAAAGAUAGCUGAUAAAAAAGGUGGAGAAACUUGUUCGAAGGGUACACCUCUUGAGGAAAUUGAUGCAUCUGGGGAUGUUAACAUGGAGGCAUCCAUAACACCUGAUGAUGUUAUUCGGGCUGGAGGAUUUGGUGCCAGGGAUGAUAUCAGUAGCUUUCUUCCUGUUGCAAGUGAUUCUACGGACUUUGAAGCUUCAAUCCGUGAUGCACGAGAUUAUGAAGAACCACAGGGUCAAGUAAGCAGGCCCGGCCUUGGCUGGACUGGUUCUGCUAGGGAGGAAUAAAUAUUGCCACUGUUAUAUGCACUAGUUUUCGCAACUUAUGUUGUUUUUAGCUGGGGGGGACCAUGUGUUUCUGAUAUUAGCUGAUGCUUGUUGAAUUUGAAGUCUUUUGAUGCUAAAAAAAUAUUGUUGGUAAAUAUCACUUUAGAUUUUCUUGUAAAGAUGGUUGGUGCGUUGGCUAGUGUUUGGUUUGUCCUUGUGAAGCGGGACCUUACAUUAAAAAAUUCGUCUUUUUGGCUGGAUAAGAGUCCUUGAAUUGUUGCAACUACUUUUAUUUUGGUCGAACUUAAAUACGGAAAAGUAGGGGCAAUGUUUGACCUGUUUGGAAGGAGGGAAAGAAAAGAUGGUAAAGAAGAAUCGGUGUUCUGUUGGUCGAGGGUCACUGUUUAAGGAAAGGCUAGUUGUAAUAGAUACUAUAUUUGUUUCUCGUUGAGGUUGAAUUUCAUUAACACUACAUAUU